UUUUGGAGGGUCUGACGGUAAAUUUGAUCGGUCACACUCUUUCUUUUCGCCAAAUUGUUGGCGUGUUGACAAAAAACCGUUCCUUCUUGUGGAUUUUGUGUAGAACAGCAGAAUAUAUAAUGUCGAAAUACGGUGGUGAGGAGUUUUCCAACAACGGAGACUUUUAUGAUGAUUUCGCCCACACCGGCGAUCCCGCACUAGACAUGGAGUACGAACGCAAUUACUACGCCACCCGGAUGCCGGAUAAUGUCAAGUACUUCUUGAUGAACUUCUGCCAGGCCGUCAAGGAGGGAAAUCUCUAUGACAUACAGAAUAUGUACGAGAACACAUUUCCGCAGAUUAGUGACCAUCACUUUGACAAAUCAUCUUGGCCGGAGGAACAGGAGGUCGGGGCACUGGUGGAGAGCGAUAAGGUGUUCAUGAUCCUAUACAAGGAGUUGUACUACCGUCAUAUCCAUGCCCGUAUUCCUGGUGGCCCCAAGCUGGAUCAGCGCAUCAACUCGUUCUUCAACUAUUGCGACUUCUUCAAUCUAAUCAUUUCGGCGCCGAACCCCGUCAUGCUGGAGCUGCCCGACAUUUGGCUGUGGGAGCUCGUUGACGAGUUUGUGUACCAGUUCCAGAACUUUGCCCAAUACCGUGCUCGGCUUACGGACAAAUCGCAGGAGGAGAUUCAGCAGCUUUGCGUGAACCACAGCAAUGUGUGGAGUAUUCUGUGCAUUUUGAAUGUCUUGCACUCUCUGGUGGAUAUCUCCAACAUUAAGAAGCAGCUGGAGGCGAUUUCCGGGGGCAUUGAUCCGAACACGGUGUCCGGAGACUUUGGCAAGCUCUCCUUCUACAAGAUGCUGGGCUACUUUUCGUUGGUCGGCCUUCUGCGCGUGCACUCGCUGCUGGGUGACUACUACCAGGCCAUCAAGGUGCUGGAGCCCAUUGAGAUCCACAAGAAAUCUGCCUACUCGCACAUACCAGCCUGUCAGAUAUCGACUUCGUAUUACGUGGGCUUUGCCUACAUGAUGAUGCGCCGCUAUGCCGAUGCCAUACGCACCUUCUCCGACAUCCUGCUGUACAUCCAGCGCACCAAACAGCUGUACAGCACGCGUUCCUAUCAGAACGAUCAGAUCAACAAGCAGGCCGAGCAGAUGUACCACUUGCUGGCCAUCUGCCUGGUCCUGCAUCCGCAGUGCAUCGACGAGUCCAUACAGCAGGUUCUGCGGGAAAAGAACUACCACGACGCCAUGUUCAAGAUGCAGUGUGGCGACCUGGAGGUCUUUAAGUCUUUCUUUGUGUUUGCGUGCCCACGCUUUGUCAGCCCCUGCCCCCCAGCAGCUGAUGCGCCCAUGGAGGACUACGUAAAGGACCCUAUGGAGCAUCAAUUGCUGGUGUUUAUGGAUGAGGUGCGCCAGCAGAAAGAUUUGCCCACCACGCGCUCGUAUCUGAAGCUCUACACCACAUUGCCGCUGGCCAAGCUGGCCUCCUUCAUCGACCCCAAUGCCAACGACGACGAUGUGUCCAAGCUAUUGAUCCGUCUGCUCUGCUUCAAGCACAAAAUGCGUAAUUUGGUUUGGAGCAAGGGGCCCAGUGGUCUGGAAGGCACAUUUAAGUCCGGCUCUGAGCUCGAUUUCUACAUCGACGACGACAUGAUUCACAUAGCCGACACCAAGGUCUCCCAUCGCUAUGGCGACUUCUUUGUGCGCAAAAUCCUCAAGUUCAACGACCUAAAUCGCAAACUGAAGAACAUCAACAUUUAAACCUAACAGUUCACUAUAUAUUAAAAAUUCCAAACCUGGACCGAUUCGCUCUGAUGAUACCAAUAAAAGAAUGCCUGCGAGUAUCCACUUCCGCAGGAAAGGUCCUAAUA